UAAUUUAUUAAAUCUGAUGACCGAUGAGUCUUGAUUAUAAGGGCAACUUUGUGGAAAGUGGAAACCCUUUUGUAUGUAGUUUCUUAAUUUUACAUGGGUUUGAAGAAAGAAUCAACGCCAGAUUCAGUUCAAGAAUUGUGUUUAAGUGGUAAAGAACCCCCGGCAAGAUUCUACCAUAAAGGUAGUGAUGCUGGAAGUUUAAAUGAUUGUGUUCCACUGAUUGAAAUCCCAAUUGUUGAUGUUGCUCUUCUUACAUCUCCAUCAACCAGCAAACACCAGCUUCAUAAACUUCAAUCAGCUCUCACUUCUUGGGGUUGCUUUCAGGUAAUAAAUCAUGGAAUGGCGAGUUCAUUCUUGGACAGGAUGCGUGAAGUCGCCAAUAACUUUUUUGCAUUACCAAAAGAAGAGAAGCAGAAAUACUCAAGAGAAGUUGACAGCAUUGAAGGGUAUGGAAAUGAUAUGAUCAUUUCGGAGAAACAAACACUUGAUUGGACUGAUCGGUUGUAUCUUACACUAAGUCCCGAGCGACAACUCAAAUUCUGGCCUGAAAAUCCUCAAGAUUUUAGGGAGACCCUAGAUGAAUUUUUCAUGAAGUCACAGCAGAUAACUGAAAUUCUGCUAAAAGCAAUGGCAAUGUCCUUAGGCUUGGAGGAGAAUUGUUUUUUGGAGCAAUAUGGAGAAGAUGCAUUAGUGACUGCAAGAUUUAACUAUUACCCUCCGUGUCCGAAGCCUAAUCAAAUUCUUGGAGUAAAACCGCAUGCAGAUGCAUCAGCAAUCACCAUUUUAUUGCAAGACAAACAAGUGGAAGGUCUUCAAUUCCUGAAAGAUGAUCAAUGGUUCAGAGUUCCUAUCAUUCCACAUGCACUUUUUGUAAAUGUCGGAGAUCAAGUUGAGAUAAUGAGCAACGGAAUAUUCAAGAGCCCGGUACAUAGGGUGGUGACAAACUCAGAACGGGAGAGGAUAACAAUGGCAAUGUUCUUCAUUCCAGGAUCUGAUCAAGAAAUAAAACCUGCUGAUGCACUGAUUGAUGAAAGGAGGCCCAGAUUGUACAAGAAUAUCAAAGAUUAUGUUAGUCUCUACUUCCAAUACUAUCAGCUAGGAAGGAGACCCUUAGAAGCAGCAAUGAUCUAACCCUACAAAACUAAUUCUAAUAUUAAGCAAGAUAAUUUGACGGGCAAAAAUCAAAAAAUUGUUUGAAAUAAUGAUCUUUCUGCAAAGAACUGAGAAUCAAUAAUGAGCUAGUAUUUAUUAUUUUA